AGCCUUUAUGCUUCAUGCCUAGAAGGCUCGUUCCACCAACUUUGGAACGCGCCUGAACCGAACUUUUAAGAAUGGAGACCAUGAGCUACCAGAAGACCUUUCUGGACCUGAACUUCGCUCAGGUCACGCCAGGUCGUAGUCGCAGCGUUCCACCGCGCACCACGCAGCGGAGCCACGAGGAUCUCGAGAAGGUGGACUAUGCCACCUCCUUGUUGGCCCGCGUGGCCGAAUCCUUCUCUUGGCCUGUGACGCAGACGGAGACGCUGGGGAGCCUUGGGCAUCCGGAGAUUUGCGGCAAUCCCUGCAUCCGUUUCUACUACGGGAGCUGCAAGAAGGGCAUGGACUGUCAGUUCUGCCACUUGGAGCACGAGACCUCCAAGAAGAAGCUGGACAAAAUGCAGCGGCUUUGCUUUGAGUCCAUGUCCGAGCCACAGAUCCUGUCAAUGCUGCUGAGCCACAUGGAAAUGCGAUGCCGGAAGCAAAAUCUCACCGAACGGAUGAUCCUGGUCUUGUCCUGCAUGCGCCGGCGUUUGAAGGCCCUUCCGAAGCACGAGCGCGUGACAGCUGAGAUGUCAGCCAUCUUGUCCAAAAGCUUGAAGAAGCUCACUUUGGGGCGCUUGCUGGACCUGGUGAAGCAAAGCCGCAACGUCUGUGACGCAUUCAAAACGGAGCUGACCGCCGUCGCGCACCAUGCUGCAGGACGUUCCAUCCACGGUCCAGUUUGAGUGAUGUGGGGAGCCUUACUGGGCCUGUUCGUGUCGAAGUUGGGACGAGUCUCGAAAGACGCUGGACGGCCAGAGUGGCCUGCAAAUUUUGCCUCUGGAGAAAGUUGGUGUUCUUGGAUCUCUUUGGACCCAAUCGGGACUGGACUACAAGACCGUCGAACUUGGAGUCUUGCAAGGCCCCCCCCACACACAGAUCUCAAGUGCACAGAGCACAGGCUGAUACAUUGGAGGCCCGGAGGUUUUGCCAGGCAGCCUUCAAUCAACUUCAAGG